UUGAACUUUCUGUGAGGUGCCUAGCCUGUUUCUGUGAAGUGGGGUCCAUCUGGUCUUACCAUCAGUAUACUCUAGGCUCUGUUUACACUGGCUAACUGUACCCCUGCUCUGUCCUUCAAGUCUUAGUAAUACUCGCUCUGAGGGGAUUUACUCAAAGUGCUGGAGUUCCAGUUCUGGUGUUUUUUUUAUUUGUAGAGCUUUGGUUUGAGAUUGAGUUCAGUAACUGGAAUCAAGAUUUUCUUUCUUUGUGGAUCAAGUAACAGUUUAUGUUUGUGGGUGGAGAAGUUUAAGGAAACAGAUUCUGGAGGGAGUCUACAGAAUUCACUGUACAUAUACUAGUGUGGUACAGCUGGAGGGCGGAUUAUUUUACAUAACAUUCGUAGCUCGUGACCUAAAUCUCACAGAAACAGGCGGAACAAUUCCUUAGGACACAUCGAGAUUAUCUGGAAUUUAGAAGCUGACGGCCAACUGAGACAAAAUAUGUUGUGUAUGCUGGGGAACUUGCAUCCAGAAUGAAACUUUUCGGAAUUGUUGGAUAGUUUAUUGGAAUCACUACUUCCGGAUCCUUCAGGACUUUUUAUCACUCAAGUCAUUCCAGACCAGCUGAUUUACACAAUGAAGUUGAGACAGUGUGAUGUGUUAUGUGUCGCGGCCGUCCUCUGUUUGUGUGCCAUUCUGGUAACAUCUGCAAAAAAGUUAAAAGCACCUUCCUGGCGCCAAGACUCAGCACCCUCUGCUAAUGAUGCCAUUAUAGCUAGGACAGAGGGCAGUAGUGUUCGUCUUAACUGUGGUGCCAAUGGAAAACCCAGACCUACCAUCGAGUGGUUCAAAAAUGGGGAAAGAUUUGAUACCAAAGGAAGGAAAAAGUCACGAGAACACAGGUAUUCCUUAAUCAUGAAUGGUGCUACAAUGGAAGACAAUGGAGAUUACAAGUGUGUAGUAACCAACGAAGCAGGGGUCAAAGAGUUCACGUUCAGAGUGGAUAUUGUCAGCCUCACAGAACAAUCCGUUGACCUUGACAUUGAGGCUCCGCAGAAUGUGACUGUGCAGGAAGGAGAGGAUGCCAUGUUUAUCUGUCGCGCCCGAAAUGUUCCUGAUGCCACGAUCCAGUGGGUUAAAGCUAACAAUGGGUCAACCACAGACGACCAUCAUACUCAGCAUCUGACUCCUAACUCUGAAGGAGAAUUAAUUUUCACCAGCGUCCAACCAAGUCAGUCUGGUAAAUACACAUGUUGGAUCGGAACGUAUUACACAAUCAUUGACCGCCACGUCUGGCUGAAUGUAAUACCAAAUCCAACAACAACGACCACCACGACAACGACAACAACUACGCCCACGACAACAACCACACCUGCUCCGACAACAAGCACAACAAGUACAACAAGCAGCACAACAACAACACCGCCGGCACCAACAACCAUGGCUCCCACAACAACGACCUUCCGUGACACGACCUUUGACUUUGGUGACCUUGAUGAUUUUGACAACAUGGGUAAUGAAAAGAAGCGUAAGAAGGAUAAAAAGAAAAAGAACAAGAAAAACAAGGAUAAGAAAAAUAAAAAGAAUAAGGAUAAAAAGAGAAAAAACAAGAAAGACAGAGAAAGGAAGAAGCAACAGAGGGAACGAACAAGAAUUGAGGAAGAUUUAUACUCUCUUGACCCUAAUGUUGUGGACAGAUAUAACAUCCCCGACUUUUCUAACUAUGGUGGUUUGGAAAACUUCCCCAAGGAGGACCAAUAUGAGUUUGACAACGAGCUUCCCUCCACACCUGAACCUUAUGAUAACCAAGGAAAUGAGAAUGGAGGUAUGGACUACAAUCCUAGCGAUGAAAUGGAUCUCGUCCGUAACCAUGAUAUAUCUGUGAGCUCAUCGUCUGAUGGAAAGGACCAGAAAAAAGCAACCAAACAAAAAGAUCUUAGCAUGAUGACUAUUUAUAUCAUCGUUGGCUCAGUGGCAGGGGGCGUCCUGUUGGUGGGCCUAGUAGCAAUAAUUGUUGCCGUUUGUUGUAAUCGGAUAGAAGAUGGAGGAUAUAAAUCAACGUCUGUGUAAGGCCACUGAAGGGAGAUAACCCUCUCAAAGGGUUGCAAUAUAUAAGGGAGGUAAUUGUUAAUCCUGCUGAUAUAUUGGAUGAUUGGAUGUCCACUGAAGAUACCUUAUCAUUUCUCUGUAAACAUAUGAGAUGAAAUUCAACGAAAGAGAGAUUGCUUCAAAUCUUGACGAUUGAUAAUUAAGGAGAUCAAUUGUCAAACAAAAUAUAUGAAGACAAAUCAUUUUGGUAAUAUUUUUAUAUUUCAUGUUUCUGAAUAUCACAGAGCUUGACUCUAAUCAGUCUUAGUUUGUUCUAUUGCUCUUCAGACGGGAUUAUUGGGAUAUAAAUAAAGGGGAGAUAACUGAUGUUGUGACUGAACAAUACUGACUUCCUACCGGAUGUGUUCAUACUGUAAAGCUGUCCCCAUCUGUAGACUUGAAGCAAAGUUGGGAUUUAGUGUGAUGUGGAAACUGAGUUAUGUGUGUAGACUGUAAUGAAUGAAGGGUCCGAUGGACUGUAUAUGACAUCACUCAAGGUCGUAAAGAGUUCAACAUUCAGUUGCAUCAUCUGCUGAUUGAUAUAUAUACAUGUACAUUUAUAUAUAUAGAAUGAUGUAAUGUAUUAGAAAUAUUUGCAUAAUAAUAUCAUGAAUAUUCAUUAGUACAGUGGUUAAUGCAUAUUCAUUUGUUGUGACUAAAGAAAAAAGUUGAAAAUGGACACGGAAUAUCUCGUUUCUAGUUGUACACACUGAUGGAAGUUGACCAAAGAAUUUUAUAUUGAUAUGUGCAAUAUAUAGACCAAAAUAUUGUGUUUAUAUUUCUGGAAUGUGGAAUUAUUAAUUCUGAACAUUCAUCAAAUUCAAGUUUUAUUUUUUAAAACUAUUCAUGCUGGAAUUUGUGUCCUUCAUAUGCUCCUUAAGAAGAGGUCAUGCCGUGAGUUUAAGUGUACAUCGUAUCAAAUGCCAUUAAUCAUAUUGAUCCUCCUGUAAUUUCAAAAUUGUCGGAAAUUCUCAAAUACGAGAGAUGAGAAAAUUUUGAAGUUGAGUGGGAGCCACAAACCCGAGGUAACGAAGUAGUUACCAGAGGAAAGCUUUAUUCUGUAUUAUCACUUAAGGUAAAUGGUGUAGAAAAUCAACUACUUGUACAUGUUGCAUGCAUGUAUAGUUUUCAUCAGCCAUUCUCAUCAUCGUCAAACAUUCUUGUCCAAAGAAGGUGCAAGAUUUCGCCUCAGAUGUUGUAAAAGAUCAGAACAGUUUUUUUGAAAGUUGCAUUCUUCGUAAGAACUCGAAAUACAUUUUUUAUACAUUUGAGAAAAAAUGCUGAAAUUUAAAAACCUGUCAUGAUUUGAACAUUUCAAAGGAGAAACAAAUCAGCAAGACUUGCUGAGAUACAAAACAUUCAAACUAGCAAGCCUUAUAUUUAGGUUUAAGAUUUGGUUGAUCCUCACAACAGGAUUUUUUGUAUUUACGUUCCCAGCCCCAGUCUCCACAUACCCUCCCGUGGCCACUUGUUAAUUAUCCAUUUGUGAUUAGGUACAACUUUAGCAGUUGUUGUUGUAGUUGUAUAGUUAUUGUUAAGAUUAGUUGGUGCUAAGACUUGAUUUUGUUAUUGUAUGUGUACAUGUAUAAGUCUAAAUAAAAUAAACCUAUAUGUAACAGAGGUUUUGAUUGGACCAGAGAAUCUGGAAAUAACACAGAAAUAAAUAAAUCUCAUGGGUCAUUUCAACACUAUUCUCUGAAAAUGUUUAUAUGAUCACUCAAUAAUUGUGUAAGAAACAUAAGAAAGUUAAUUAAUUCCUUAGUGGCCCAGUUAUCUAUUCCAAGGGUUGAGAUAUCUUUUCCAUGUCCUCAAGGUAAUUAACGAUUUAGAUAGUGUUCCUCCUGAUCUGCCUUGACUAUACAAACUGACAGAGAUAAUGGUACGGUUUGAAAGACUCCUUAGUCCAAUAUUUGGUUUCUAGUCUGUGUUGAAGUGCUUCUGGAUUUAUUCCCGUCUUUUAACCUUCCAUAUUAGUUCCACGUAUUGUAUCAUUGCCACAAAGAAAAUGUGACGGAUGUUUUUUUACUUUUGACUUGUUAUAUGAUGGAAUAGCAUGUAUUGUCUCCCAAGCUGAGGAAUCAAAACUUGCCGCAGUACUUCAAAUUAUGAAAAUGGUUUGAGAUAAUUUCAUAAUAUAUUUUCAAAUUUGUGUAUGUUGUAUCAUAUAUUGGAGAUUUACAGUUUUACAGACGUUACGAUGUUUUUCAAUCAAUACAUUUAUAUUCAAACUAAAAAUGAUUCUUAUUUCCGCAUGCUUGCGGUUCCUUUUGGAUCAUGUUACAUUUUAAAGAAACUGAUUUAUCAGAUAGCAGAACAGCCACUUUGUGGGAACAAGGUUAUGUUUUCUAUAACUACCAUUUCAGCCCUACAAAAACAAUUUAUCUGAAACCAUUUAGGAAUUGUGGUUAAAGUUUGAAUUGGAUAUAGGACAAUGAUUGGUGCCCGAUUAUACCGACAGUAGAACAGGAGGUCCGGGAACAGUUUCCUAUUGAAAGUCAUUCAGUGUUAUAGUUAUUUGUGUUACGUUUUAGUGACAUUUUGAGUAGGUAGGUUUAUCUAGGGGCUGUACAACAGAUGUGUAAAUAUUUACAGUAUAUACUCAUUACAAGUGAUCAUCAAACGCAGGGAUGUAUUUCUACCAAAACAUGUGUAGCAGAACUGGACUGGGUUGAUCUUCGGCGACCAGGUAGAACAUCCGUCUAGAGUUGGGAGGGUCCCAGGUUCAAACCCCGGUCCGGCCGUACAUUUCUUUUUCUCCUGUUACACAUGUUUCAGCACUUCUGGACCUGGAUAACCAAAACAUGUAAAUGCCUCACCUCUCCCGUUCUGUGUAACCAGCAGCAGUGUGACUGAUGUACAUGUUUGAUAUAUAUACUGCGUGUGUUAUAAAGGUUCGUUGAAAAUAACAUCACAGUGCUUUCCUGACAAAGAAAGUUGCAUCGUGAGGUAAAGGUUCACAGAGGUGACUUCCUCAAUCGUGGCAAAAGGAAUAAUGCAAAAAAUAUAGCUUUUCUUAUACACUAUAAAUGUUUUGGUAGAAAUACAUAAUGUAACAUUGUGAUGAUUGUUUUUUAUGUUUACAUAACUUUCAUUAGUUACUAGGUAAUUUUUCAAAUUGUCUUUAUUCUGUUUGAAAAUUACAGGACGUCACCAAGCACCACUUGUUUGGGAACAUCUAUACUCAUCGCCAAUAAAAUAUAAACAUACAUUGUUAGGUGUGUCAGUUAGACUCAUUUACUAUUCAUCGCACUAAAAAUUCUUUGUUAUUGGACAUUAUGAUUUUAUAGUACUUGACAAUCAUCAAAAUGUUUUAUAAUUUUUUUUAAUUUUUUUUUUUAUUUAUAUCGAUGUAUGUAUUUAUAGUAUUUUAGGGGUUUGCUAUAUUGAUUGUUUUUAUGUGUAUUUUGACCUGCCAUUUAUUUAUAGUUUAAAACAAUGAUUGUAUGUUCGGAGGGACAAUUACAUACAGAUUCAACAACAAAUUUUAUGGUAUGGUACAACAAAAAAGUAUCUUUUGACAGCUUAAAGAGUUCCCAUUAAAGUUUGGAACA